AUGUCGAGAGCUUCCAAGAUCACACUGGGUGUCACGUCGUUGCUAUGUGCCGCCACCACCGUGGGCGUUUACUUCUUUGCCGAGGAGGAGAACGACGACGCUGAACGGUUGGAAAGACGUCGCGAAAGAGAGCUGAACGCCAAGCAAAAGGCCAACGCCUUGGACUUCGAGGCACAGAAAGAGCUGCGGUCCAAGCUCGAGGCCGACCAGCCGUUGUCGGGCGAAAUCGUCCAAGGCGUGGAGUCCAAAAUUGCAAACCUUGCAACCUUUGCCAGACUAGCUAGAAAACCUGUUUAUACUGCUCAAUUCCACAGAAUGUCGUCUACCAUUACUCCGGUCAUUUCCAAGAACGCUCCUCCAGCCGCUGCUGCUUACUCUCACGCAGUCAAGGCCAACGGAUUCAUCUACGUUUCUGGCCAGAUUCCUUUCACCCCUGAGGGAAAGAGACUCGAGGGAACCUUCCAGGAGAAGUCCGAGCAAGUUAUCAAGAACGCUUUGGCCAUUGUCAAGGACAGCGGCUCUUCGGUCGAGAAAGUCGUCAAGGUGACUGUGUUCCUGACCGACAUGUCCAAGUUUGCCGAGUUCAAUGAGGUGUACGUCAAGUACUUUGGUGAGUACAAGCCAGCCAGAUCGUGCAUCGGUGUCAAGGAGCUGCCUCUGGGUCUCGAGGUCGAGAUGGAACUGAUUGCCGUGGAGAACUAG